AUGAUCAUUGGUAAUCAUGAAAAAGGACAGAAGAUUGGAGAAUUCGACAACACGUUCUCUUUGGCGGAAGUGAAUAUGUGUUCGGCAACGCGUCUUAUUCACGUGCCUGUUCGCUUUUUCAUGCUGAAGACUGUGGGCAUAAUUGGAAGUGACAAAUAUCAGCGUCUAGAGUAUAUAUUUCUCUACGUUAUGAUGAAUCACUUUCUGCGAAGGAACGAACCUACCGAUGAAUACGGUAAGAAAUGUGACGUAUUGAUUUGGAAAACAAGUCACCUUGUCCUUUGA